AAACUAGAAUUCUUUGAAAAUGAUGCGAAAAUGUCGUUUCAUUGAGAAAUGAUGUGAUGACGAAUUCAUUAUCAUUGAACGUAUAUAUUCGUUUUGCAACGCGAAGCACUGUUUAUUCCUCGUAGAAGCGUCAGAGUGGUCUUUACGUGUUUGUGAAUUGUGAAGUGUUGUAGUUAAAACAAUUAUAAUGGAGUUUCCACACCUAGGACGAAAUUGUGCUUUUAGCACCUGUAAUAGACUGGAUUUCUUGCCCAUGAAAUGUGGAGCGUGUCUAGAGUCAUUCUGCUCAGACCACUUUGCCUACAUAAACCAUGAUUGUCCCGCGCCAAACACCAGAGAUGUCCAAGUACCUGAAUGUCCGCUCUGCGGGGCCCCAGUGCCGGGGAAGCGCGGGGAACGACCAGAUGUGGCCGUUAGCGAACACAUAGACAACCAAUGUCAGUCUGACCCGGCUAAAGAGAGGAGAAAAAAGGUGUACACAAACCGCUGCGCGUACAAAGGUUGUAAGACGAAAGAAAUGAUACCAGUAGUUUGCGGCGAGUGUACCUUUAAUUACUGCCUGAAGCAUCGACAUACCACGGACCACGCCUGCGAGGGCCCGCUGGCGGCUAAGAGAAAACGUGCGACUGAGGCAGCCAUGACGAGGUUACAAAUUGGUCAAACGAAUAAGAUGCAGUUCCAAACACCUAUCACGACCAACCCGGGCCGCACUCGCGUCGCCACUCUACAAGACUUGCAAGCGGUGCAAGGCAAUAUGUCGGAAGAUGAGGCCCUGGCCCGGGCGCUGUCCCUGUCCCUGCAGAGCUCGUCGCUGGGCGCCGCGGCCGGGGACGUGGCCGUGGCGCGCGCGCUGGCCCGCCGCGUCGGAGCUUUGGGCAGUCAAAGUCAAGCUAGGGACCCGAAUCGACCUCCACGUCGCGACGAAACACGAGACCCAAUCGACCCCCAACCCAAUAGAAAUCUCUGCGACAUUUUAAUGAUUGUUGGUGCUGUACUUUUAACUAUAUAUGUUCUUGCUGGCUUGAAGUAUAUGUUUUAUAAUACCGGUGCCCGUUCUGAAUCCUCGUCAUAUAGAAGGAACACGUAUGAUGAUGACGAUAUGUAUAAUUAUUUAGAUUUUUGAUUGUUAACACCCUAUAACAAUCGUAAAUUCCCAUUCCAUGGUAGAUAAAGUCAAAUCACGCCCAGCGUGGCAAAAAAAAUGUUCUCUCUCAAUUGUCAUAUAGCGCCCCUGUCGCCAUUGUCAAAUUGCUUAAUUCCUAAGCUUAAGAGCUGUUUCCCACUGGACGUCAGUUUCUUGCGGGUACGGUUUUUAGCAGGAUCCAGUUUCCUGUAGUAUGCAUGCAGGAUCCCGCAAACAGAAUCCUCGCGUGAAAGUUACUAUAUUAGCACCUAUACUACUAAAACGGAAUCCUGCAACAAAACCGUACCCGCAAAAACCGGGACGUCAGUGGGAAACAGCUCUAAGUCCAAGAUUAUCAGGAAUUUACUAUAGUAGAUUGUUAACCAAGGGUUGAAAGGCACUCAUUUCUGUCGAGGUAGUUUGGCGCUCGAACGCAGUGAUAUAUGAAAAAUGGAUAAGCUGAUAUUUUAGCGUAAUAUUAAUAUGUACAUUUUAUCCUCUAGCCCAGCGAUCGGCAACCUUUUAGCAACCAAGGGCCACAUAGUAGUUAAAGAAGUUGACGCGGGCCGCACUUUGUUAAUAUGUGUGAAGUUACCUGACAUUGUUGUUUGACAAUAUUACAUACAAAAUAGCCAGGGGGUCUCGCGGGCCGCAAGUGAGAGGUUCGCGGGCCGCCUGUCGCCGACCGCUGCGGCUAGCCGCCCAGAGGCCUAUAAAUAGAUCUCUCGUUCCAUUCUAAUUUGAAUCUUAUUUUGACAAAUCAAAAUUGCAUUUGUAUUGACAUGUUUUGAUGUCUGGGCUAGAGGAUAAAUAGUAUGGUGUAGAAAUAAAAAAUAUACGAUUAUGAGGAAUCGCCCUUAUUGACAACUGAUAAAGUGGGCCCUUUUCCCCUGCAUCAACGCAUUAUAAUAUAUAUCUCCUAAUUGUAAAAGGAAGUAUGUACUGUGUUUGUGAGUUUUCUCGUUCUAAAAUAAGACAAUAGAACGAGACAGUGUGAAAUAAGUUGAUUGUAAAUUGUGAAUGUUUUUACCAACACAAUGCACUUUUUAAAUGUUCAAUUAUAAAUUCUAUGAUUGUUUUAAACAUAUCUUACUGUUCAAUUUAUUAGAUGUUAGUGUUAGUAUAAUUUAUUCAUAAUAUUUUAUGUUACUAUAGUUCAUUUAUUUUAGCAUUAGAAAGAACUUGAAAGAAGGUAAGCGAUCUUGACAUGUCUUUUAAUUGAAAAACGCUUUUUAAAAAUCAGUAACUAUUACUUAUGAAAGCAGAAGAAUACAAUGAUCGUAUUAGAUUCAUAAUUAUUACAUAUUUGCCGUAACUUAUUUUUAAAAUGUGUUUUUCAAUUAAAAGACACAUCAAGAUUGUUUACCUUAUUUCUAAUGCUAGAAAAAACGAACUAUAAGCUCUUGUCAAUCUCUAUUAUAACCUAUAUUAUUGUAACUUCUAUAUUUAAUUUUAAAAAGACUAUGCAUUAGUAUUGUCACAAAAAGUGGGUUACACUGUAAAAAUAUGUGUUGACUGUAACUUAUAUUUUCAUAACCACACCACACUGACCAAACUUAAAAAAAAAUUAAAAGUUUUAAAACAGUAUAAUCUUAUAAAAUAAUAAUUGCUAUUCUGUUCAUUUUUUCUAUUAAAAGUUUAACAUAUUUUUACAUAAUGACACGCUUGUCGAUCGACACGGGUUUGCUCAGUUUUUCCAAAAACACAAGAAAGUAAAAAUAUGAAAACUGGACCUAAAUAGGUUUUUAGCAUUAAAAAGAACGCAUAAGUAGCUAUGAGGGUUUAUAAAUGGCUAUUAAUAACUUAUCUGAUUCUCAAAUAUCAAUUAAAAUACUACCAGUGUCCGAUUUAGAAACAUGCAUAUUUCUGCGAAGUUUUUUCAUAUCGUAAAAAAUAUAUAUACCAUCACUAUAAAUUCACUAAAGAGAGUUGGUAACACUGUUUUGUGUACUUGUAUUAUCAACCGUAUAAUGCUAGUAAUAAAGUUGAUAUUAGUUCACCAUUGCUAUAACAACCUAUUUGGGUCAGUAAUUUUUCGGAAACACCUUUGCUUGCUGUGUUCACUUUAGCUAAGAAUUACCAAGAUCUAUAUUUUUGAAAUACAUACAUCAAUGUUAACUGAA